AUGAAAUAAGCUAUUUUAGAUUUUAUCAAUUCUGGUAUUCUCAUUACAAAACCAAUCGAUGCUUUUUAUACAGAUCAAUUUUAAAACUUCACUUAGGAAUGUUUCGAUCGUCUCAUUGACUUUUACACCAAAUAAUAAAACAAUGAUAAACUUAAAAGUGCUUACUUAAAUCUUAUGAAAGUUGUACAAAAUCCUAAAGUUGAAAAUCUCAAUCUUUUAAUAUUCUGUGCUACCUAUAUUGCUUAAAAGGCUUAUUAUUAUUAAAAUGGUCUUAAUGAAUUAAGUACAAAGAAUAUUGAAAGGAUUCAUUUAGAUUGUUAUCAUAUAAUAACUUUCACUCUCAAUGGAGUGAUUGUUUCUGAUCAAUAUAUUGAAACCAAUCUAAAAAAAUAUUUCACUGAUAAAUACUUGAAUUACACUAAAAAAACUGUACCUACACCUUAAUAUGUAAAACCUACAAAAUUUUUUGGUCGACCAUUAGAAUUCAAAAAAUUAGAAAGUGAAGAAGGAUCAGAAUUUGCUUAGACUCUUUCAGGAAUAUUUAAACCUCCUACUAAACAUAGAAAACUUCCAUAAGUAGAAGAAGAAUCUUAUUAUUAAGUUAAGCAAUCAUAUAAAUCACCUCCUUUAAGAAGAAUGAAAAUUGAUAUCAAUUCUAUAUCUCCUUCUCUUGCAUAAGCAUUACAUAGAAGUAGUUUGGGAUUUGAAAAACCAAAAAUCAUUAAUCAUCCUAUAAUGAAAUCUUAAUUAGGAGAAAUGAAUUUUAUAUAAAGACUCAAAGAACUUGAAUCAGAUGGUGAAUAAAAAAUAGAAACUAAAAUAUAAAGAUCUCAUCGAUAAAAUAUAGUAGAGCAACAUAACUUAACUUAUCCUCCAAAAGAAUAUUUUUAGAAAAAUGUUAAAGUUGAUUCAUUAUUUAAGAAUUUUUUAGAGCUCAAAUACGUAUUAGAUUAACGUAAGGAAACUAUGAGUUCAAUUAAAGAUAUUAAUGAUUUUUAACCUAGAGUUCCUUAUGUUCCUACUUAUACUCCAUAUUUAUAAUUUGAAAGUACUCUACCUCCGAAAUAGUAAUUCAUAUAAAAAACAAGUUUCGAAAUAUUACCCCAAUCUCAUGAAUUAGAUAAAGCUACAAUUAGUAAAUUUGAUAUACAAGCCUAAACUACUAAAUCUACUUUUAAUAAUUAAGUAAAUUCAACAUUCUUCUUCAAAUCAAAUAAUAAGCCAAAUUCUUUAUCAAAAAAUUCAACUCAAAAUUCAUUUUUUUAAUAUGUAAAUAAGCAGAAGGAAUAUAAAUAAAAAUUUGAUAGAUUCCUCUCGAAUGAAUCAUCCCCAGACAGAAAUAUAAAUUAAAUUAAUAGUCAAUUAUUAAAAAAACAAAAUUUUUUAAAGAAAAGUUUAUAAAGAUUAAAAAAAUGA